AUAUCGUGUGGACGAUAGAAAAGUGUCUAUCGUGCCAUUUGUCUUCUAUCGUUUCUAUCGUUUCUAUCGUUUGUAAUUUUAAAAAUUUAUACAUAAAAAAUAAAAUUAAAUAGCCUGGGCGCAAAUAUAUUAAUGUUGUUUUGUCACUAUUCAUACUCUAACUUUAUGCAAGAGAAAAUGAAGUAUAAAAAAUGAUAUUUUUCGGAGAAGAAAUAUCCACAAAGAAACUCCGUCUUGUGGUUUUGCGACAUGGUGCUGCUUUACGUGCACCCGGAUUUGCGACAUCCUCAAAACUCUAAACGAUGGACACGCGACAGGUUGCAGUUUCAUGCCCGGACAUGCAACAGGCAGAGACAGCUACACAGCCAGCCCAAGAAGAAGCAUUUUUACCGAAAAGAGGGGGUACAUCUGUGAUUUGGUUACAUUUUGGGUUCAACAGCACUGACACGGAGCAGAAGACGCCCAUUUGCAAGCUAUGCUAUAAAACUAUUCCCGCGCCUGAUGGCAACACAACAAAUCUCUUCUAUCACCUACAGAAGGCCCACGAAAAAGAAUACUCAAGAAUCCAGAAAAUCCGAGCUAAACCAAGCUGUGGAACGACGGGAGCAAUUUUAGAAAAGAAAAACUAUAGCCAGCCGAAGAUACAGCAGUCUUUCGCACAAGGGACGCCGUAUGAGAAAACGUCCCAGCGCCAUAAACAAAUCACAGAAGCCAUCUCGCGUUACAUUUGUAAGGGCAUGGCCCCUGUUUACGUAGUUGAGAAGGACAGCUUUCGUGACCUCGUCAAAGUCCUUGAUCCGAGGUACGUCAUGCCCGGUCGUAAGCACUUCAGUAAAGUUGAAUUGCCACGCUUAUAUGACGCAUGCCGGGCCAAAGUAGAGAAGGAUGUUUGCAGUGUCAUGCAUUAUGCCUUGACUACUGACCUAUGGACGAGCAGAGAUACGCAGCCCUACAUGAGCGUAACCAUCCAUUUCAUCAACAAAGACUGGACCCUCUGCGCUCGCUGUUUACAGACUGCGUACUUUCCAGAAGACCACACUGGAGGCAUGUUAGCCCAAGGUCUGAGAGAUACACUGGAGUCAUGGGGAUUGCAAGAAUGCCACCUUGUCUGUGUCACCACGGAUAACGCCACUAACAACAUCUCUGCAAUGGAACUGAACCAGUGGGAACGGCUACAAUGCUUUGGUCACCGCCUACAGCUAGCCAUUGAGAAUGCUCUAAAAGCUCUCACACCAGUAUCUACAAAACAGGCUGUGGAACGAGCAGUUGGAGUGUGUAAAAAGGUGGUGAGUACUUUCUCCAAGUCAUGGAAGAAAAAACGUGAAUUGGCCAAGGUGCAAGCAGUGCUGGGCUUGCCUCUUCAUCAGCUCAUCACUGAAAGCCCUACAAGAUGGGGCUCGCGGCAGAUGAUGAUAGAGAGGUUCCUGGAGCAGGAGAAAGCUCUUUCACAGGUUCUCCUUGCAGACAAGAAGACAAGGCAUCUGGUGCCAAGCUGGCAAGAUGUGGCAUUGCUAGAGUCCUUGAACAACGCACUGGGUCCACUGUUCGAGUUUACUGACGCUUUGUCAGGGGAGAGUUACGUCAGCGUAUCUUUUCUGAAGCCAGUUCUGCACCUCUUCAACAAUGAAAUCCUCAGUCAGAAGGAUGGAGACACAGAGCUCACAAAAGCAGUCAAAGACGGUAUCCUCAAGUACCUCAAUGAAAAGUAUGAUGACCAUGCCACCAACAACCUCCUAGACAUGGCAACACUUCUUGACCCACGGUUUAAGACAGCCUACAUCAAGGAAGAGAGGGUGGAGUUCAUAAAGAUGAGAGCUGCAGCAGAGCUGGUGGACAUGGUAGGAGCAAUAGCACCAGAAAGUGCACAAACAGCAGCAGCCUCCAGUUCACCCCCAGCUGCUGACGAUGAUCCAGAGCUUCCCCGUCCCACAAAGAAAAAGAAAAGUUUAGGUAGCUACUUCAAAAAGGCAGGUCAAUCCACCACCCACUCCCAACCCAGUAGAGCAUCCAUUGAACUGGAGCUCUCUAUGUAUCUUCAGACACCUGGACCUGACUCAGAGACUGACCCACUGGAGUGGUGGAAGCAGCAUGAGACAAGCUUUCCACUGUUGGCCAGGCUGGCCAGAAAGUACUUGUGCAUUCCUGCUACUAGUUCUUCAUCUGAAAGGGCUUUCAGUGCGAGUGGGAACAUCAUCACAUGUAAGAGGUCAUGUCUUAAGCCAAACACAGUUGACCAACUAGUCUUCCUUGCACUCAACCUGUAAAUUCAACAGUAACAUAUCUACUUCUGCAAAGUAGCCAUUUUCUGUUUGCACUUUAAUUUAUGGUUAAUGCCUUAAACAGAGUUCUGUUCAACCGUGAUGCUUACUUUUGUCACUUUAUAUUGGUUUGCAAACUUUGCACUACAAGGUUACAGAUUUCAGAAAGUUAAGAAAUAAUUUGUUAAUUUUUUAUAGCUGAACUUUUGUGCAAAUCUGAGUUUUCUUCUCAGAAACUUGAAACUGUUGUGCACUUUAAGUUUAUUUUGACAAUUCAUUUUAAAUGUACGUUUUGGAAAAAAAAUGUGAAGGCCACAGCUGUUUUCAUUUGAUACAUUUAUAUUAAAAUGUAUGUUUCUCAAUUGUGACAGUUCCGUUAAAUGUCUCUUCAAAAUAAAGUUGAGGAAAAAAAGUGAGGAAUGAAAUUUUUCACACUUUUCAGAGAAUAACUGGAAACAUUGUGGUAUAUCGUGAUAUAUAUCGUUAUCAUGAUAUAAAAUGAUUCAUAU